UUUGUCACUAGAAUUUUUAUGGAGUCAACGAUCGAAUGUGAAAGCCUCUAUCGCUCCAGCAGUCAAAUGUGUAUUUUUUGUGGUUUAUUAACCGAAAGUAACCGAUAAAAAUCGAUAAGCUUUAUUUUAAUACAUAAAUAUGUGUAAUUUACGCUGCAAUAACUUGAUAAUAAAACAAAAUAUCUUGUUAUUUAAGUCAAUUAAUAAAACGGCGACUUGUAGCAUUAAAACAAAAUUAAUUGUAAUUCAGAAGAUCUAAUUAUUUUCAUUCUCUAUUUACAAUCGAUUGAAAACCGUUUGAGAGGAUCGAUAUUUAUACGAAAUAUAUUUGCAACUCUUCAACAGCAGCGGCUGCAAUCAAGAAAUUGUUUAUUGUGGGUUUCGAAUGUUCGCGCCGGUGAAAAAUGUACAAAAAUUGUUAUUAUUUAUAUUUUUAAUAAACAGAAUAUAUUCGGUAAAAUGUCUACCCUACUGUGGUAAUAUGAAUUAAUAUUUUUUUCUUUGAACGGAGGUGUACCUUAGCAAAAUGAUGAGUGACGAUUCAGCUGAUCCUAUCAUCACAGUUACACUGGAAUCCUCAGACGUAGAGGUGUCUCUUGAGAAUCUUGACGCUACUACUAGAAGUUUAUUGAAAAACGGCGGGCCUGGUGCCACCUUACAAAGAUCAAUUUCAUCAUCAAAGAAUUUCUGGAUAGAACUGCCGCAGAUGAUAAUAGUAGAGACUCGCUUUAUUACACAACAAAUAGCGGCACAAAAUCAAAUAUAUUCUGCGCAAACAUUAUUACCCAUAACAGAUCAUAGAGUGGAGAUAGACGCUUAUAAGACUUUUUGUCCGAUCGCAACACAAACAAUAACACCACCGGCAUUAUUAGAUGUGGGCUCUUUAGUAAAACCUGACGUUGUUGAGGUUGGCGUUUGCACCGACAGCCCUACUCCCUGCCGUGAUCGGGCACAACAAACUACAAAAACAUUGUUACAAACAACAACAGUAGGCAUUCAAUGCAAUUUAGAUGACUAUUCAGAAUGGGAGGAAAUAUCAACGUACGAAAUUCAGCUCGAAGCAAAGCAAAGCGCUGAGAAACAGAAAUUUUUAAGAUUUACACGUGAAAAUUCUAUAUUUUACGUGAAUGGCAGAAGGGAGUGCUUGUUGUGUGGAGAAGUUGAGAGCAAUAUGGAACGAAUGCUUUCGCACUUAGCACUCCAUUGGGGUCCUGCUGCACUCUGUGAUGUAUGUGGUUUGCAAUUUCAACAUAGUAGAUUAAUGUCAUUGCAUCAAUGUAAAAUGCGGAGCCAUAAAAGUAAAAAGAGGAAAAAAGUGUAUAAGCAAUGUCCUAUUUUCUGGUGUGGCUCCAUAAAUGAAUCGACGAAGGAGUUGUAUGAACACUUACGUAGACACUUUCGUAUGCGACACCGGCGCGCUUGCGUGACUUUUACACUUGAUCGAACGAUAGUUAUCAAACGGCCUUUUUAUACAAAAACAAAUUGUUUAAAUCGAUGUAAUAUUUGCUUACGUCGUUAUAAAAAUGCACGAAAAUUUACCAAGCAUAGAAAACGUUGCCUUAAAAGGUUUAUAGCACAACUGAAGAUGCAGAAAUUCGUCGAACCUCUACUAGUAUUUAGUAAAAAGUGAAAUCGCCAAAUGUAAUUGAUACGAUCACGAUAAAUGCAGACACCGUCUACCUUCAUCUUUACAAACCGUUUAAACAUAAAGUGAGCUCUUCCUAAUACAUACUACAGAUUUGAUAAUUGUUUAAUGUGAGAGCACAUAAAGUGCUAGUGCAACGUUAUUUUCGAGUUUUUAGUUCAUAGGAUUUAUAUAUUUUUGGAAAUGUUUAAAAAGAAAUAAACAAAGUUGUAUUAAUGAA